AUGUGUUCUCAGCUUUUGCAACCGUUGACAGCUCUCACUGGAGCACACACAUUUCAAUGGACGGACAAAUGUGAAAAAGCUUUCAAAGGACGGCUGGUGGAGGCCUUACUGUCUGGCCACCUCUGCCUGAUAAGCGACGGAUCAUACAAGCGAGACCUGGGAACGGCGGCUGCACAACUACUCCCAAGAAAAGGGGAGAAGGACCGCAUCAUUGUUCCAUGCCAGACUCCCGGAUUGCCCCAGGACCAAAGCGCCUAUCGGAGUGAGCUGAUCGGCCUGCUCGCAGGCAACAUGGUUGUUGACUGGUUGCUCCACCAGUGGGCGCCGACGCUCCAAUCUAAACCCCGCGUAAGGAUAGCGCGUGAUGGGUUUUCCGCCCUUCUCAAUACCUUUAGUGAUAAUCGAGUCACUCCCCAACAGGCGCAGUUUGACCUGGUCUCUUCCCUCCGCGAGGCCCUUGCGCGCUCCAAAGCAUCGUGGGAGCCUAGUCAUGUGUAUGGUCACCUUGACCACGCUACGCCCUUUUCGUCCCUGUCUUGGUGGUCCAAAAGGAAUGUUGAAGUGGAUAAUUGGGCAGUGGCAUACCGCCAUCAGUUGAUUGCACCCAAUGCUCGCUUCUUUACUGAGUUGGCCGCUCUCUAUAUCGGAGACGUUAAGCAGUCUCGAUUGGACCCAGACUACAUCCAAGAGCUGGUGGCGCUUCCCGCCCUCCGCAAGAGGUGGCGCGAGAAACUCACGGUCACCCCAGAGGCGGAGUCGGAAACCGACUGGACCAGUCUGGCCCGGGCCAUGCGAUCUCUCCCUGCGGGCGUCCAACGCUGGACCACAAAGCACGUGGUGGGUAUGUGCGGUGUCGGCAAGUUUAAGGUACGAUGGGGAUAUGACACAUCUGCCGCAUGCCCAUGCUGUGGCGAGUUCGAAGAUCACCUACACGUACCUCGAUGUAUGGCUCCAUCCACCAGCGCUGAAUGGGAUCGCCAGACAGUGGCCCUGGAUUUAUGGCUGGACACUCAAGUGACAGAUCCGGCCAUCAAACAUGCCCUCCUCUCCCUCCUUAAAGGGGUUCGCGAUCCAUCCCUACCGUCCAUCCGAAUGGUACCAGGUCAACUGCGCAGCGCCUUCCGAUCCCAGCAAUGCAUUGGCUACCAAGGGCUAUUGGAAGGAAGAUUGUCCCGCCAAUGGGCCCCGUUGCAGGAGGAAUAUCUACAGUCGCGCGGGAGCCAACGCUCUCCGACCUUAUGGGCCUUAUGCCUCUUGCAUCAGUUGAUUUUGCUGGGCUUCCAGUUGUGGGAACAUCGGAACUUGGUACAACACUCGGAGGACAAUGUACAGUUACAAGAGCGCAGCCAACAGGUCAACAACGGAAUACACAACCAGUUUGAUAUGGGUCCUACUGACCUACCUAAGGUUGUCCAACGCAUGCUUUCGGUCAGGCGCCGGACAGUCUUGAACAAACCACUGGUUGACCGUGAGGAGUGGCUGAAGCUGGUGAGGAUGGAACGCACGGCCUACCGCCGCGCUUUGGCGCCUCAACGCCGUAUUCUUCAUCGCUUCUUCCACCCUGCGGACCAUUCCCCUUGA